AGUACCCGCUCUGGAACCAUUUGAUACAAAAAUAUUCGAUCGCGUUUCUGAUAAAAACAAGUACUGCUAUACAUACGGUUGUUAAAAAUCAAUUAUAAUUUGGAUGUGAUAAGAUUAAAAAUAAGUGAUUAUUAAUUGUGAUUUUCGUGUUAUUUAUAUCCAAUAAGUGUUUAUAGAAAUUAUUUCGGUGUUUAUGUGAUUUUUACAUAAUGCGGCAUCUUUUGAGUAAGAUGUGAAAUUAGUCAACCUGCGAGCGCUAUGUUGAAGUUAUCACCAUGUUGUUGAAUAUUUGCAAAUCAUGCCAGUACUGUCUGGAAAGUAUGUACUGGUCUUGUUGUGAGGAGAGAUUUUGCUUCGAUAAGAAAAUCGCGACUUAUAAUUUGGAAAAUGAUAAAACUUACGCGAACGGCUACUCGAAUAUGGGAGCAAGUCUCGACAGUGUGGUCACCCAACAACCGAUGAACAAUAACCACCUGCCGCAGGGAGCGAUCGUUGGUAGAGAGAUCAAUGAACUUCCCCUACACGCCGAUAAGCUUUACGAGGUUUUCUCUAAGUCCUUGAUAUUUAGAGAUGAACAUGAAUUAAAGAAAGGAAGCACGAAUUCGUUAGACGAAUUAGAAACGAAGUCUGAACCAGAUUAUUUAUCAGACAAACCAAACAGAACUAAAGUUUACUUCGAAGACGAAGUCGACUCCCCAGUAACUGAUUUUGAAAUAAUGUUCAAAGACGAACUUCUUAUGAAUCACGACAUAUUCAAAAUCGAGGAAGAAGAAGAAGACAAUAAAUCUCAAGAUACUGAAGAAGGAUUAGUUAUGAAUGUUGCUGUUAGGAAGCAAGAUGUAAUAAAACCGAGCACAGUAACAAUUAAAGAUGAACAUAAAAUAACAACACAGCAUCCCAUAUACGAGUAUGACCCUAUUUCAGUGUUACUUACGCCGACUUCACUUACAUUACCAAGAGUCGAAACCGUUAAGGGAAUUCUUCGAACAAAUAGCUCGAAAACGUUAGAUAGAAUGGACAGUGCGGGUAAACUUACAAAACCAAAUCUUAACAGAGUCGAAAGUCUUAAAAAUAUAGAUCCGAAUAAAAUUAACAAAGUCCUCGCAAGAGUACCGCAUAGAAGCGCAUCGUUCUUGAACAUACCGGCUCAUCUAGUUCCUGAUAAGCCUCCACUAACCAAAAGUAAAUCAACUGUCGGAGUGCCAUCCUUAGCAGACAGCGAACUUAAAUUGAGUUCGCUUCCAGACACGCCAAUUAUUAAAAGUAAUAAUUUACCAAGAUUCUUUGCUGAUAGUCCUUCUUUAACCGAAUAUAAGGGUGAAACGAGCUUGCAAAGUAUCAAACAAAAGUCGGCGUUAAUGUUGCAAAUGAACGACUUCAGCAUGCCAAGAUAUUACGGCACUGUAACGAAAUCUUCAGAUCAAAACCCAGUGCAUGAAAGCAAAUCUAUGCCUGACUUAAGAAAUCCUACUUCAACGGGCAAAGUUAGUAAACGCCUUGUUAAAUUUAGGAGCAGAUUAAAGCCAUUAGUCAUAAGAAAAAGUUCAGAAGAAAGACUUUAAAAGGUUUAAGUGAUGGAAAUAAUUUAGUUAGAAAAGGCGACCAAUGAUAGAUUUUAAGAAAAUACGUAUGUACUUCUAAAUACGACCUUUUUAUUAGUAAGGACUUC